AUGUCACAGAUUAGUUUUAACCGACUCUUCAAACCCUCCUCCGUCUGCAAAAGUCUACUCAGACAUAAGAACGUUCGUCUUUUCUCGUCUACAACUUACACAUUAACCCCGGUGGAUUGUUCCUUCUCGUCUACCCCAAUCUACCCGUUUCUGUUGAUAGACUACGUGCUUAACAUCCCCAAGUACUCUCCUGAUGGUCGUGUCAUUAGAACCUACGAAUCAGGUGAAUACGGACUGCCCGCUUCCAAUGUAAGUAUUUUGCUUAGGGACAAGAAACUGGUAGAGGAGGUUCGUCAUGCGAUGACUGUAGGGUUUUCACAUCAUGGAUUGCGAUUCAAGCUUUCGAAAAACUCCCUAGAUAUUCUCAUCGAUGACCAGAAGAAAUCAACACCUGCUUGCGUUCAUCUGCCUCCUCUACCUACGGGCUUUCGAAUCCAAAGCGUGGCCAUGGCGUCUUCUUCAAGUGACCUAAAUAAUAGUGAAGACUGGGUCGUUGGUGUCAAGUCUUGGGGAUCUCAGCUGAGUCUCUUUAGGCCUGGUCAUCAGUGGAUUAACAUUAAAACCUCGCCUGAGUUUAUGAACCCUUUCUCGAGUCUUAUGUAUUCCAAGAAAGAUCAAAGGUUCUACAUUCCAGCUCCUGGAGGCGAUUACUUGUGCUCCUUGGAUCUCUACUUCAGGGAAGACGACCAACCCGAGUUCAUUUUAAUAGCUGAGAACAUUCCUGACGCGGUUUUGCCUGAGUUGGCCCUGCUAAAUUCCUGUUCCAGGACAGAUCAUUGGGUGGAGUCACCCUCCGGUGAACAAUUCCUCGUCAAGUGGUACGGCCACAACAUAAUGCGCAAUCACAAUAAAGUGGAAACACUCAUGCACAUGGCAUCAAAGUUUAUGGUGUUUAGAGCAGAAGAAUCAUGGGAUGAAAAAUUUGUGUAUUACACAGAAGAAAUAGGAGAUCUUUGCAUCUUUCUUGGACAUAGUGAGGCUUUCUGCAUCCCGGCCAGUUCGUGCCCCGGGCUCAAGCCUAACUGCAUAUAUUUUGUGGGCUAUAACUUUGGUGUUUAUGAUCUCACCACCAAAACUUGCACUACCUUCUACACUGAAGAUGACGUCCCAUUAAGGAAUUUGGAGUUCCCUUACUGGCCUCCUCCAGUUUCUCUCCACUCAUAA